GACACCUCAAUUUUAAUUGCAUGAUCUUGCAACAGGAUGGCGCGCCUUCGGAAGAAGCCUGCGAUAAGCAAGGCGACUUUGUUAAACGACUUUCGCGCUCUGCGCUCUUUCUUGGGCAGCACAGCAAACAGCACACUUGCGACAAACCCUAUGGAGCAUGAUUCGGCAUCUGCAAGGCACGCGAAGUCAAGCGCCGAUGCCUCUUUGUACCAUGGUCGUGCACUGAGCUAUCAACGACGCUACUCGAUCUCGACUACUAACAAAUCCGUUGCUCUGGAGAAGAUUAUUGAGGAGCGAUUAAGCCUGUAUCUAGAUCCUGUCACAUUGAUUCACGUCGCAAACUUAUAUCAUGAUCGACUCGACAAGUAUUGGAACAUCACUCAAGCGUUAUCUGACUACUUCCAACGACCGACUUUACUGCGCGAUGUCUUGAGGAAAUCUGGGAGCUUCAUUUUUGGUGCGUUUGCGCAUUGUUUCUUCAAGCGAGAAUGUCGACCAGUCCACAUGCACAUCGCAGUGCCUCACACCGAGGAUCUGGCACAACAUCUGACGGCUGUGGAGGGAUACAUUAAAUCAGAGUCCGAAGGCCCUCUCGAAUAUGUUGUCGGCAUUACGAAAGUCAGACAUUUCGAGAAGCAAAAGACACUCCGCGAUGGCUUGAUCACCACAAUCCGCAUCACACUCGUGCAAGGAGAACCUGGCGCAAACCCUUUCUGGACCGUGCUGGACAAGAUAUCAACAACUGCUCAACUCAACAUGAUUACCGCUGACCAUGCGUACUCAAUGUUUCCGCACUCGACCUUCCAACACGAGCGAACUUAUAGGCUCAAGGAUCUCCCAAGGCAUGCACUUGUACAAGACGAUAUAAAAAUGGCUGGCGCUGCUCAAGCAACAAGUUCGACUCAUAGUGCAGGCCUUUUAUCGUUUCAAGAUUACAGGAUCGAUCUGAAAAGGCAUUCUACGCCAGCCAGCGACUCAACAGAACAUCUUGAACUUUCUUCACGAAGGGCCCCAGGCGACAAGCUGACUUGGACCAUUGACUUCGAGGCCAAAAGCUCUUCAGGGAUAAAUGACAUUAUGGCAUGUGGAUUCUCUCUUGAUAUCUCGGGAGGCGGCGCAUUCUUCCCACUGUCAUUUCAUACGUCUGACUUGACACGGCAGGAUACGAGCAAGGUCUUCAACCAGCCUCGUUCAGGUGGGUUUCCUCUGCUUUCGAGACAGCUCCAAAAUCCACGUGCUUCGUCGUCGAGAGCCCCUCAUGUGAAUCGCUCAGGACAACUUGAAAGCGGAAAGGCUACAGAAACUACCAGCGAUAUUGACAUGAGUGAUGAUCGUGAUUCUUUCACAGACCAUGCUGAAAGACUGCUGUCAAUGACCCCAGAGCGUGCUGUCAACGACAAGUGCGAAGCUCGCCGUAGAAGAAUCGAGGAGAUCAAGAUUGAACUCGAAAAAAUGGCAAGUGAGCUUCCUUCCCUGUCUCCUGGUGAGGCCGAAGAGGUGCAAUCAGGAAUGUUCUUAGCAGAGCUUUGGCUAGCUCUCAUACAAACCGAAUUAGACAUCACACUCGCAAGCUUCGAAGCCGUUCGAUCUGGCAAUGAGGUAGCUCUUCAACAGCCUCGGCGAAGAGUGGCUCUAGGCUGGCUAUCAGAAUCCAUCAAACGAUUUGAGAAUCCUUCACGAGGCGUGGACCCAAUGUCUAGAAACCUAUUCAAGGAGAUCUCGAACGUCUUUAUGGCUGGCAUCAUAAGCUCCGAAGCAGACAUAUUCUUCGCCGGACGGGCUCUACCUUCUUUCCUUGACAUUGUACGCAUGUUUGACGCGAAGAACCCGCUAGAUGAAAAUAUACGGAACAGUCACCUUGGACCGACUUUGACAAGAUUGACUCGUCUCAAGUUUGUGAAUGAUCAGAGUAUUGAAGAAGUCCUCUUGCGUAUCGAGAAGAGUAUGGCAUCGACCGACUUGGCACCCUUUAUCAGUCCAAAGCUCUUCGGUCCAACUGAUUCACGCUCAAACUCGCCGCUCUAUUCACAAUUAGGCCGACCAAGACUCAACUACGACACAAUAGAUCCAGCUUUACUGGAAGGUGAUCCCGAUUACGAAACUUGGCUUUCACAAAAAACACAAGAGAACGAAGUUGGAAGGGCGAGGGGAUUUUCAUCUGACGUCUCUGAGGCAAAUGGUGCAGAAGCGCAGAAUAACCCAAAGGGACUGUCUGAGGACAUAGAUCGGGGACUCUUUUCGACACAGCAACGGGAUUUGCGUCAACGAUAUGAACAGAUGGAAGGACCCAACAUUUCUCAAGCGAAUCCAUUGCAGACUAUGAAGCCAGUGGACGAUGGAGCGGGGACUCCGCGACAUCUACUGAGCUCUUUUCGACAGAGUCAAGCCGAGCGAGAUGCUGCCUUCCAAGAAGAGAUGAGACGUAGCAACGGUCGGAUCCCUGACUACCUGUUCGUGACGCCAUCGCCAACUCCGCCUCCUGAGCCUAUUUCAGCGCCACUGAUCGACACAAUUCGGCCCAUACAACCCCUGGAGGUAAUGACUGGCUCAGAGGAAGAGGCCCGUCAACAAUCUUACACCAAAAUCGAGGAGAUCUCUUCUGACUCGACGAGCAUGCAUUUCGAGAUGACCAUUGAUCCAUACGAGGAUGAAGACCUUGACAUGCAAGAUGUGUCAAACGUGCAAUAUGCAGACGACAUGAGAGACGUACAAGAAACCCUUGAGGUACCGACUACGACGCCUCCGACAUCUCAGACUUUGCCACGGACAAGAUCACGCAGAAGCGAGCCGAUCGUCCUUAUCUCGACACCUGCUAGACCUAUUAUCCUCGACUCUGAUUUCGUCUCUGAAGAUGAGGACAACGGUCCUCCAGCUUCGAGUCAUCCACAACUCGCCGCCGUGUUGCAAGAGUCAUCCGCCAGGGCGUUGAACAUAAACACACCUGGAUCUAGUGCAUCGGCUAUCAGGACGCCGAAGCCCAAAUUACCACCCCAUCUUGCACCGACACGGGUUGCAGCCCAUCGAAGGUCACUUGACCCAUCCUCUCAGAUACCAACACCAGAAGAAAAGGAAAAGUUAAGUCAAGAAGAGUAUCCUCUUGUAGAUAUUAUUGAUGAGAAGUUAAUUGAUGGGGUCAAGAAGUAUCUUAUCAAGUGGAAACCAAUCAGUGGGAGGCAAUUUGCCAAUACCUGGGAGCCAGCGGAGAACGCAAACGCCGCCGCCGUGGAAGAUUGGCAUCGAAGGCUUGCAAACAGGACAGAGAAUGCACGAGAGCAGAGAAACAAGCAGGCUAGGAAAAUUGCAAAGGAGACUGAUACCGCACCAGUGCUCGAACCAUCCAUGCAGCCAGACCCUACUGAUCUUUGGGCUGUGAGGACAUAUGACAUGAAGAAAUGGAGAGAGAAAGGGUCGAAAGGGAAAAAGCCUGCGUUUCCUGAUGGCCUCAGAGAGCAAGUGCAUCGGGAGAAAGAGGAAGCAAGGCUGGAAAGAAUCGCCAAGAAGGCUGCCAGUAAAAGGGCUGGAGUCCGCCAUGGACCAAAGAAGGGUUCCGCGGAGUGGCUUAAAUCGAGAGAAGAGUCCAUGGCCCUUCAAGCUAUUAGAGAGAGUGAGAAAAAGAGGGAGAAGACCGCUAGGAAGAAGGAAAACAAGGCAAAGAAGAUGGCUUUACGAAAAACUCAAAAGCAAGCUGCCAAAGCGGCAGCCAAUCAGGCUGGUCCGUCUAACACAUGAAGCAAGGGACGAUUUUCCAAAUCAUGUAAAGGAGAAUUCUAUGGCCGUAUAUGUCAUAUAUGCCCCAUCACGUGUAUCUUAUCAACUUGAACAUCUUCUUUUCACAGCAGCACCCCUUGUGUCUGCUUCGAUCGGCCCGGCAAACUCACUCGAUCCUCCGCCAUGUCUCAACAUUGCCGACCACGCGCAUAAGGCAAAAAUCGACAAGCAUACCUAGGCAGCACUCCCGUAUUCGUGAGAAAGAAGAUGCAUGGAUCAUUGCACUCGAUCGAAGACAAGUAUCGAGGAGUUACACUCUUUCUGGGGAUUGGUACAUCUGUGGAAAUGCCUGGUGAUUUCUGACAUCCUCGAUCACGCUCCCCAAGGAGAUGUCUGAGUGUCCUCCAAGACGUAUUACUGUUUAGCUGAUAUCAUCAUGCAUUUUCACGGCUGCGAUCUUGCAGACACCCCAGGGCGGAGUCAAAUUAGUACAAGAUCGAAUCUCACGUUUCCUU